AGAAGGACAAGCAUGUCUUCUAUGUUUUCACUUAAUUUCCCUCUGAUUUUCCUCUUCCAAUUAAUCUCUCAUUGAACUUAUCUUCUUGGAUCUCCAUCAACUCUUUUUCUCCUAAUCCUCUCCUGACGUUUGGAAUCGUAACAAUGGCUUCCUUUAUCUCUGCUGUUGCAAAAAGGUUAGAGGGGAAGGUUGCCCUCAUCACUGGAGGUGCCAGCGGUAUUGGCGCAUGCACUGCCAGAGUCUUUGCCCACCAUGGCGCCAAAGUUGUUGUAGCUGACAUCCAGAAACAAUUAGGCCACUCUGUCUGUGAGUCAAUCGGCCCAUCAAACUCCAUCUUCGUCCACUGCGAUGUCACCAAUGAAUCCCAAAUCCAACACGCUGUGGACAAAGCUGUCGCCACCUAUGGCAAUCUAGACAUUAUGUUCAACAACGCUGCCAUUAUGGACAAGAUGAAGCCACGCAUAAUCGAUAACGAAAAAUCCGAUUUCGAGCGCAUCCUUAGCGUGAACGUAACUGGAGUCUUCCUCGGUAUCAAGCACGCCGCUCGAAUCAUGGUGCCUGCUCGAAGGGGCUGCAUAAUCUCCACUGCCAGCGUAAGUUCAACUAUAGGUAAAAUAGCCACCCACGCUUAUACUGCUUCAAAGCAUGCUGUUGUGGGACUCACAAAAAAUGCUGCAGUUGAACUCGGACAAUUUGGAAUUAGAGUUAACUGCAUAUCUCCCUUUGCGGUUGCAACGCCCAUGUCUACCUCAUUCAUUGGAAUUAAGCACGAGGAGGUCGAGAAGAUGACGAACUCGAUUGCCAAUCUUAAGGGUGUGACCCUUAAGGCAGAAGAUGUUGCAAAUGCUGCCCUUUAUUUGGCAAGUGAUGAGGCAAGGUACAUAAGUGGGCACAAUCUCUUGAUAGAUGGGGGUUACACUAUUUUUAAUCCCUCAUUUACAAUGUUCCAAUAUCCGGCCGAUUCUUGAGCUUAUUUCUAGUUGCUGAUGUUGGUAUGAUGAAAACAGGGGAACUGGCUUCUAAUUUUUGGUAGUAUUUGAGUUUGUUCAAUACUUCACACUUAAAUUUUUGAUAUAAUAAGAAAUGGAUGACCUCAAUUAGAGUAAAAAUAUUUGUAACUA